AUGGCGGCUUUUGGCGCGUACAGUCGCGCAGCCUUCAUGACCAGUCCUACAGAUGAGGAUCCGUAUACAUAUCAAGUAGGCUUCGGCAAUUUUUUCAACUCUGAGGCUAUACCAGGUGUCAUUCCUACAUCGCAAAACACACCUCAAACAUGCAAAUAUGGCUUAUACUCCGAGCAAUUGACCAGCACUGGCUUUAUUGCAUCUAGGAGCACAAUGCAGCAUGUCUGGUUCUACAGAAUCCUGCCAGCCCUCGUACAAGGAACAGCCACAAAACUGUCCACGAACGGGGAUGUAGAGUCAAAAUUCUCUACAAAUAAUGCAAAUGUUGAUUUUCCACCAAACGUCCUGUGUUGGCUCCCUUUCCAGCUGCCUUCUGAUAAUGAAGAAGUGGACUUUGCCCAGGGACUCAAGACGAUAGCUGGUAAUGGAGAUGCAACUAUGAAAGAAGGUCUUGCUAUCCACAUUUACACUGCAAAUGCAUCAAUGAAGAACCGAGCCUUUUGCAGCAAUGAUGGAGAUAUGCUCAUCAUUCCCCAACAAGGUCGCUUAGACAUCCAGACUGAACUUGGACUAUUAAUGGUACAGCCUGGCGAGUUGGUCGUCAUACAAGCGGGCAUCAAAUUCAAAAUUUCUCUGCCGGAUGGUCCAUCAAGAGGGUAUGUCCAAGAGGUGUUUGGAAGCCAUUACGAGCUUCCGGACAUGGGUCCAAUCGGCGCCAACGGCAUGGCUCUUCCGCGGAACUUUGAAUGUCCUGUCGCCUCGUUUGACGAAGAUCUCUCUGAGUGGGAGGUCGUCGUCAAGCUAGCCGGUAAGCUCUGGUCGUAUAAGCAGCAACACACACCGUUCGACGUAGUUGCCUGGCACGGAAAUUGUAUUCCGUACAAGUACGCUCUAGGGAAAUUCAUCAGCGCCGCAGCAGUGGACAGGGAUCAGAGCGACCCGUCUGCGUACACUGUGCUGACAGCGAAAUCGAAGAUACCGGGGAUUGCCAUCUCGGAAGUAAUGGCAUUUACUCCAAAGUGGAACGCGACGACAAAUAGCUUCCGCCCGCCCUACUACCACAGAAACAUGGCUGCCGAGGUCAUGGGAAUCAUCUCAGGGCCGUAUGGUGGAAGCAGUCGUGAUCUUCGUGCGGGUGGGCUAAGCUUCCAAUCGAGCUAUACACCGCAUGGCGAAACUUACGAGACGUACGAGGCGGCCACGACUGCCGAGCUGAAGCCUGAGAGAGUGGGCGAAGGUUUCCUGGCUUUCAUGUUCCAUAUUCCAACACAUCUAGGUGUGACAAAGUACGCCCUCGAGCGUAGUGGAGUGCUCAACUCACCGUCUCCAGCCCUGUUCAACUCCAUGCGGCCCCAUUUCCUUGAACGGGCAGAGGAGGUCAAUGAAGAUUUGAGGAGGAUGGGGCUGCCGCCGUUGGGAACACCAAGAUCAUGA